AUGGGUCAAGAAGGUCGAACCAAAGACUCGGUGAUGGCCACAACCGUCAUCGGGGCCCACGCCUUUGAACACUUUUACGCGCACACCAUUCCUUUUUUGGCAGCCAUUAUCGCAGCUGACCUGGGACUUGGUGCGUUUCAAGUAGGCCUUAUCGUCGUUGUGCGGUCGAUUUUUGGCGGAAUAACCAGUACCGUUGGCGGCUUUCUGGUUGACCUGUUCCAUCACCGGGUAUCAUGGGUGUUGUCCAUCAGCGCCUUCAGCAUCGGCGUCGGUUAUCUGGUGAUGUCGAUUGCUCCCACUUACGUCUUGAUUCUGGCAGCCUUGGCCUUGGGGUCUAUGGGCAGCGCCCUUUGGCAUCCUCCAGCCCUGGGGUUGCUGGCCCGGCGUUUCCCCGAGCGCAGGGGAUUGUUCAUCUCAAUGCACCGGUCCAUGGGCAGCAUAGGUGAUGUGCUGGGGCCGAUGGUGGCCGGCGCUUUGGUCGCCGGGGCCCUAGCCUGGACCCUCAGCAGUGGCGGCGUAGAAAGUGAUCUGUUCGCCUGGAAAAUGCCUUGGGAUGCUAUCAGUUGGCGAUUGGUUCUGGGCUUUAGCACCCCUAUUAUGUUCACUUCGAGCGUCGUGAUCUUCUUCCUCUUGCGUAACGCGGGUGGAGCGAAGCCGGAAGAUUUUGACCUGGGUAAACGGGUCAAAGACAACUGGGCGGGGAUGAAGGAUGCCUUUCGUGGGACCGGAAUGUGGGCUAUCUUCACUGUUUCGGCAGUUCGGGGCAUGGCCGACCGUUCUUUAGUAUUCCUGGUGCCUCUAUACAUGAUUCAAGCCUUGGGAGUUGGUCCAUUUCAGGCGGCAUCUCAUGUGGCUCUAAUGGUAGGUCCCGGAAUUAUUGCCGGGCCAUUGAUAGGAGCCCUUUCCGACCGUAUUGGAAGGCGGGCCAUAAUCAUAUUCGUAAUGGCCGUAACGACGGUGCUAACUCUGGCGAUUAUCUGGAGCGGCCAGCAAACGGGCGAGUACAACUAUUGGAUAACGCUGUUCGUAUCAAUGUACGGUAUACUGAAUUUCUCGGUAAACAAUCUGACUCAAGCCGCCGCCGCGGAUAUUGCCGCCGGCAGAAAUCUUGAGUCCAGCUUCCUUGGUUUGAUGUGGGGAAACAACACGUUCUUCGGCGCGGCUGCGGCUCUGGUGAUUUUCGGUUCAGUGGAAUGGUUUGACCAGAACAACCAGGGGUGGCAGUACGGUUUCUACAUUACGGCAGCCUUUUACUUUAUUGGCUUGCUGGCGUCACUGCUCAUUCCCGGAAAGCCCAAAGAGGCGUUGCAACCCGCAUAA